AUGUCGAAGUGUUUCUGUGGUUUAUUUCAAAAGAAAAAGCCUUCAAAGCCUUUGGAACUGAAGAUAGCGAAGCCAUUCAACAACGAGCUUGGAGGAACUGAAACAGAUGGAAUCGAGGAAGGUGAAUUCCAGGAUCCAGUCGACUGGUUGGUCGAUGAAAAUCGAAAAGAGCACCGAACAGACAUGUACGAGCAGAAAAACCUGAUCGUGCGGCGCGCUGGAGUGAUAAAACUCAAGGUUACGUUCACGCGUGAGUUCAACUCGGCUGGAGAUACGCUCAGGCUCGAGUUUUCAACUGGCAAAGCUCCAGCUAUUCAAUACGGCACAAUGGCCAUUGUCGAUUGCAAGGAAGAUGGAAAAUUGGAUAAACUCGGCUGGACAGGAACGCUUGAAGUGAAGGAUGAAACGAUUGAGGUCGAAGUCAAUGUUCCUCCGACAGCAGCUAUUGGAAAGUACUCCGUCAAGUUAUCAUUGAGAAGCCUUCUAGUGGACGACUCCAUCAGCAUUUCUUCUUCUUCCCAGCCAAAUAUUUAUAUCAUCGCUAAUCCCAUGUCUGAACUGGACGGAUGCCACUUUGACAAGCCCCGGGUCGGUCUAUUCAACAACAGCGACGAAUUCCUGGAUGAAUAUGUCUUUAACGACGUCGGCGCAAUCUGGAGAGGGAGUGUUCACAAUUUCGGUCCUAAGAAAUGGAUCUACGGGCAAUUUCAAGAGCCAGUUCUUGAUCUUGUUUGCUAUCUUCUUGCGAAUGAUCAUCGAACAGCAAAGGCGUCUGGUGGAAGUUGGCUUAGAGACCUGAUCAAAAUCGUGCGAUUGCUGAGCUCAAAUGCUAAUUCAUGCAACUUUGAUGGUGUUCUUCAAGGCAACUGGUCGGGCGAGUACGAUGGUGGAAAAGCACCAACGGCUUGGAAUGGAUCGGUCAACAUUUGCAAGCAAUACGUCGAGAAUGGAUACAGACCGGUUAAAUAUGGACAGUGCUGGGUCUUCUCUGGACUUUUGACGACUCUUCUUAGAGCAGUUGGGAUUCCAGCAAGGUCUGUUACCAAUUUUGCUUCUGCCCACGAUGGGGAUGACACGAUGACGAUUGAUGUCUUCAUCGAUGAAUCCGGCAAGGAUUUGAAGUGGAGCUCUGACUCCGUCUGGAACUUUCACGUCUGGAACGAGUGCUGGCUUCAGCGACCAGACAUCCCGAAAAGCAUGGGCUACGACGGCUGGCAAGCAGUAGACGCAACGCCGCAAGAAGAAUCAAACGGUGUCAGUCAGUGUGGCCCUGCGCCAGUAAAGGCUGUGAGAGAAGGACAAGCGUUUGUGAAUUAUGACACGAAGUUCCUCUUUGGCGAGGUCAAUGCGGAUAGAUGUACUUGGAUGACGAAUAAAUUUGGCGAAAUUAUUGAACUGACUGAAAGAAGAACAAACGCAGUUGGCUUCAAUAUUUCGACGAAAGCGGAAGGAAGAGAUAAUUUCGCAAGAAAGGAUUUGACUGAUCAAUACAAAUUCAGGGAAGGAUCAGAAGAAGAACGAGAGUCCUUCGAGCGCGCAGUCACUUUUGGCGGAAAUUACAGUCGAGACAUGACAGAUCACAUGAUGAAGAACUACUCGAUUAUUCAACGAGAACUUUUGAAUAAGAGUCGUUCGACUUUGAAAUUGGAAAUCAUUACGAGAGAAUUUUCAAUCGGUGACGAUCUUGAAAUCAAGCUUUUGGUCACUUCUGCUGAUAGCAAUGUCAUCGAAUUUGUCGAGGAGCCUGAAUUAACUCUCUAUUCUACCUACUACAGUUUUGGUUCAACAAAAAAUCAGUUUUGCUUAUAA